AUGCCCCCUCCAGCUGGAGCUAAAAGAAAGCGAGGAGACAGAACUUACUCAGAUGACCAGCAGUAUUCCCGUCCUUCGCCGCAUCGACCAGGCAGCCUGAAUCUCGCCCACCAAGGCUCUUACCAAGGAUCGGGCAAUGAUCGUGACUAUAAUCAGACGCGUGGCAGGGGUGGAAAGCGGUUCAGCAGAGGAGGUCGGGGCGGCAACGUCUCAUCCAGCCCAGUGAAUAGUCCUGGCGAAGUGACUGCCACGGCUGUGAAGACAACUGCAGCAGACCACGAGUCGAACAACGCAAACGGCACUAUGGCACUCGAUCGGAGCCCUGACUUUCUGACACCGUCUUUCGCAAGCCCUCCUUCCGAGCCUCAACCCUACAAUUACACGUGUUUCACCAAGGAAGCGUGUGACUCGUGGCAGACUGGAGGCAAGGAGAACGUGCUACAACAAGGUCUAGCCGCUUUGCAAGAGGAGAGUGGCACUGCCCUCACGGCCAUAAUGCAAGAGCUAGUACAGUCUGUCGUCUAUGGGAGGCUUGGCCCUACGGACGCUGGAAUCUUGGUUAAAGAGAUCCUCCAGAGCGAAAAUACGGGCGGGGAUUCUCAGCCAGCCUGCUCAGCAACACCGCUGCAGGCCGCAUUGCUGGAUACAAUAUCAAUCAUGUUUGAAGGGAACAGUGCGAUGCCGGUUGACCGCUUGUCCGCAUUCCUCGUCGCAACCGAUAUAUCACCCGAAUUGCUGCGCCUUGAACUUGAUGCACCAUUGCUUGAAAGGCUGGACCUGAUCAGGAAUACCUUCAACCGGAUGGGCAUAAGAAAACAAACCAAUCUAUUGUAUCGACAAGCCAACUUCAAUCUGAUGCGGGAAGAAUCUGAAGGAUUCGCCAAAUUGAUGACGGAGUUGUUCACUACCAGCGGUAACAAGCCUCCUACCGCCGAGGUUGUCGAGGAUACGGUUGAAAAGGUCAAAGCGAUGAUUGGCGCUUUUGAUCUUGAUGUUGGUCGGAGUCUCGACGUUGUCCUCGACGUUUUUGGCGCCGUUCUUGUGAAGCAAUUUCGCUUCUUUGUCAAAUUUCUCCGGGCUAGUCCCUGGUGGCCACGAUCACCAGGCCUGGGGAAACCGGAAGCUAUAGUUACCGGACUGCCUCUUUGGGCUCUGCCAGGCUCUACAGAGUGGCAUCUCACUGAAGCGCAAAAGCAGCUGGUUGAGGCAGAAACUGAAUCGCGUGACCGGGACUUUUGGCCACGGGCUAAGAAACAGGGUCUUGAAGCAUUCUAUCUUCUGGGCAGAUCACAACUUUCCAAGGAUCAAAUCGAUCGUGCAGCUUCGUCAGGAGACGAGGCGUUGGCGCAAUGGGUCCGAGAGACGGGCACUGCACCUCCGACAGGAAAUCGGGAUGCUGCUCAACUCUUGGGAUUCAAGCUAAGAUUCUACUCAUCGUCUCCGGCACGGGAUGACACUGACGUACUCCCGGAUCAUCUCAUCUACCUUGCCGCUCUUUUGAUCAAAAUUGGCUUUAUCUCACUCAAGGAUCUUUAUCCCCACAUUUGGAGAACAGACGAAGAGAUGGAAGAUCUCAAGCAACAAAAGCUUAAGGAGAAGGCGGAGAGGGAACGAGCUGCAAGACCUGGCGCAGGGAUGAAGAACGCACUGUUAAUGGCGGGUGCUCUGGCCGAUGACACCCUUCCUGUCCCCUCUCGCUUGAGGGAUUCGACUACACGUGCCAGCACUCCCUCCAAAGAACCCGAGGCCCAGAAGCCUCCGGCUAAGGACCUAAACGGGCCCGCAGAUCAAAAGGUGCUGUUGCUGAAGAGCUUACUCGCUAUUGGGGCUCUGCCAGAAGCUCUUCUCAUUUUAGGCAAGUUCCCAUGGCUGAUCGAUCUCUUCCCUGAGCUUCCCGAGUACAUCCACCGGAUUUUACAUCAUUGUUUGAGUAAGGUGUACGGUGAAGUGAGGCCUCUGCAAGACCGUCCGAGUCUUCGCGAGCAGAGGCCAACCUACGACACCGACUUGCCAGGCCUACAAAAAGGUCAAGUCAAAAUUGUUGACACUCCUGAGCGGAAGAUUCUGCGCUGGGCACUACUUGACAAGAACGACAGUCCUGACGGUACUGAUUAUCGAUUCUAUUGGGACGAAUGGAGCGACCAGAUUCCCGUCUGUCAGACUGUUGAGGAUGUUUUUACACUUUGUGAGACUCUCUUACCUCUUGUUGGUGUCAAAAUUGGUCAGGAUCCGGCGCUUCUUCUCAAGAUUGCACGCAUCGGCAGGCAGAGUUUGCAAACCGACAAGACAGAGCACAACCGUUCGCGCUGGUUGGACCUGAGCAAACGGACCCUUCUUCCGUCUCUCAGUCUGACCAAGUCGAAUGCUGGUGUUGUCAAUGAGGUUUUCGAACUCAUCAGCAAUUUCCCGGUUAGCAUCCGCUAUCUGAUGUACUUGGAGUGGCUGACUGGAAGAACAUCCCGCAAUCCCGACAUCAAGACAGCAUACGACCAGGCAAAGGCCGAGACAAAGGAUAUUCUCAAACGUAUCUCCAACACAAAUGUACGACCUAUGGCGCGGGCGUUGGCCAAGAUUGCCUUUGCGAAUCCCCACGUCGUCAUCACGACUGCCUUGACACAGAUAGAAGUUUACGACAGUAUUGCCGAGGUGUUUGUUGAGGGCGCACGUUACUUCACAGAUCUCGGCUACGAUGUUCUUACCUGGGCAAUCGUCAGCUCGAUGGCCAAAGCGGGAAGGAGUCGGAUACAAGAGGGAGGCAUUUUCACAAGCCGGUGGCUUUCGGCUCUUGCUCAAUUUGCGGGGAAGAUCUACAAACGAUAUGGCAUGAUGAGGCCUGGCCCAAUCUUGCAAUAUGUUUUUGAGCAGCUUGAGCAGGGAAACACAACAGAUCUGAAAAUGCUUGAGCAAAUUGUGGUCUCCAUGGCAGGGAUCGCAACCGAUACAAGCUACAACGAUGCACAGUUACAAGCCAUGGGAGGCGGACCGCUACUCCAAUCGCAAACAAUCUUGCAGCUACUUGAUCGGCGGCACGAUUCCAAAAAGACCUCUGAGCGAUUGGUGAGAUCAUUACAGGACACCGGCUUGGCCGCAAAAUUUUUGAUCUCAAUGGCUCAACAGCGACAAGCUUGUGUUUUUGAAGGAGGCGACAUACCCUUGAAAGCUAUCGGCAACACUUAUGACGAGAUUCACCGUGUAGUGGUCCAGUAUCUCGAACUUUUGCGAAGCAAUCUCUCGCACGAGGAUUUCCGCGAAAUCGUCCCCGACGUGGUAAGCCUCCUUAUCGACUAUGAAAUUCGCCCAGAGGUGGCUUUCUGGAUCAAUCGACCUGUUAUUUCCAAGCAAAUGCUUGAGUAUGACAAGGACCAUUCCAAAGAUCUACGUGCCGAUGAAGUUGGAAAUAAAGAGACCAACGGAGACGUGGAUAUGUCUGACCAAAUCCAGGGUGUUGAAGAAGAUGGCGAAACUGUUGAGACAGAAAACGUCGCGGAUGGAUCACCCAUUGCAAGCGACACCCUGGGUUCGACUCUAGAACUAGAUUCAAGCAGCAGGACACCCGGUCUGCCUGAGAUACCUCCCGAUGAUUGCUGGCAUCCAGUCAUGAAGGAUGUCAUGACAUCCAUUCAGCCUGUUUUGCCUGGUGACGUGGUGGAAAUCAUCGGCACUGGUUUCUAUGCGACCUUCUGGCAGUUGUCAUUGUACGACAUCACGAUUCCGGGAAAAUCGUACGAGGAUGAACUGUCUCGUCAGCACAAGAAGAUUGCUGCAAUCUCCGCAGACCGUUCGGACGUAAGCGUGUCGGGAACCAAGAAGAAAGAAUCGGCAAAGAAGGAGAUCACAGAUCUCAUCGACAAUCUACUGGCGGAAAACAAGCAGCAUCUGAAGGCGUUUGCGGAAAGCAAAGCUCGCCUCCAACGUGAAAAAGACCAAUGGUUUCAUGGUAAAGCAAGGAUGGACAAGCAGCUUAACACUGCACUGAUGGAACACUGCUUUCUCCCUCGGAUCCUGUUCUCGCCUUUGGAUGCUUAUUUCUGCUUCAAACUGGUCAAGUACCUCCACGGAGCUGGUACGCCCAACUUCCGCACACUCGGAUUUUAUGACUUGCUCUUCAGGCCAGCCCGACUUGUGUCCCUGAUAUUCAUAUGUACUUCGAAGGAGGCCGAUAACCUUGGCAGAUUCCUUAACGAGGUACUUAAGGAUCUUUCACGCUGGCACGGUUCGAAGACAAUCUAUGAGAGAGAGGCCUGGGGUAGCAAGAAAAAUCUACCCGGGUUCGCCAUGAAAGUUGAAAGCGGAAAGGUCGUGUCUCUGCUGGAUUUUGAGAGCUUCCGGAGAGUGCUCUAUAAAUGGCAUGGCAACAUAUACGCAGCACUUCAAAAAUGUGUCACCUCUCCGGAGUACAUGCAUGUCCGGAACGCAAUAUCUGUUCUACGUGCUGUGUCGACCGUCUAUCCGGUCGUGAAUUGGCACGGGACGGGCCUGCAAAAGGCUGUCGACAAGCUGCGCGAAUCCGACAAAGAAGACCUGAAAGUCUCAUCGCAAGCUCUACUCGGUGCCUUACAUAGAAAAGAGAAGAGCUGGAUGAUCCCGCAGGCUUUCCGUCAGGGUCAAGACAAGAAUGGAGACCAUGACCAAAACGUUUCACAGUUGAAGACUAGACUCUUGAACGAGACGACCUCUGGUGAGACCCUUUCGAGCAAGGUCAAUGAGGGGAAUGAGGCCCACGAUGUCGUGAUGACCGAUUUGCCGUCUGAAACAGCAGCUCAAGCAAAUGCGGAAAAUAAUGAGCCCGGUGACUCUGCGAGGACCGAAAAGUCCCAAGAAUUGACCGAACCCUCAAAACCAGCUCCCCGGACCCUUUCUGGGCAAGGUUCGAAGCCGUCACCCUCCAACGGCGCUCAUACACCCUUGCGACAAGAUAUAGAAGCAUCCGGAGCUCCGGCAAAACGAGACUUUAGGCCUCCGCGUGCAGACUCGACCAGGCUGCAUGGUCAGUCUCGACGACUGUCACCACCUGCCCUACCGCGGCCGCUACCAGCGAGUCUACCCAAUCGCCCAGAGCCGGCCGAUGGUCGGAACGGCCACCGCGACAGUCCACGUCUCUCAACGCGCCCUUCGAGUGAAGCUGGAAGGUCGCUGCCCGAUGCUCGAACCAGCCACAGUCGAGAUAUGAGGUCGGGUUACCGUGGCCCUGAACCUCCUUUCGAUGACUAUGACAGGCAUUCUCGAAGAUAUGAGCGCCCUGAAGGCCCCCCACAUAGUGGUAGAGACGAUCGUGGCUAUGGGCGUGAACACGAAAGAGUCACUCCAUAUGAUCGGGGCGCGCCGCUAGACAGAGAGCGACCACCUGUUCGACCUCCACCGGUAGAACGUGAGAGAGAUAACCGAGAUGCCAACCCAAGAGUGCGGUCUUCCCAAACCAGUGAAACGGCGCCAUUUGACACAUUGUCCUCUCAAAAGAAUGAUGUGUCCGCCCAGCCGUCACAAGUCGCCAUCAACCCGGCACGUGCUGCACUGAUCGAGAGUGGUGCAGAGCCACGGUACCCCCAAUCGGUUAAAGGCCACACCCAAGACAGGUCUUUGAGAUCUCGUCCAGCCUCUCCACGAAGAGACGAUGACCGUCGGUCAUACCCUCGACGUGAUAUGGAUGAACGGCCCUAUGCUAGCCCGCGAUCAGAGCCAUCGUCAACUCGACCAGCCCCUUACAUCUCAUCAUCCACGGAGCCUUCUCCAGGUGGUCGGGCUACUGGUCCUGGCAGCUACAAGAGAGAUUCGAGACAAGCACCACCCAUUGAUAUGCAGCACGGCAGGCUCGAGCAGGACACCUCGCAGAGAGCAACAACCUCAAUCAAUGCAGACCGCCCUCCGGAGUUUGAUGCGCCUUCCGGUCCUCGAAGCAGACCGCCAACAGGGGUUGGAGCGAAGAUGAGGGCCCCCCAACUACUAAACACGCAGGUCUCUCCAUCUUCCUUCCCAGAGCGACCGACUCCAACGGGACCUGCUAGGCGGCAUGGGCGGACCAGUUCAUACAAUGACGCACCAUCUGCGACGAGCACCCCAGCCGACGCAGCGAGUGUUCACCCUUCCCGCCUCAACCAGAUCGACCCUGCCGGGAACGAAACGCCACGAACAACGCAGGGCCAACAGCAGAGUCAUCCAGCCGGCGCCCCGGCAGGGCCUAGAGGCAAUGCCCCCCCUGGCGCUCCGUCUGGACCCUCGCCCACAACUCGAGGUCCCCCUAGCGGCCCGCAUGCAGGUGAUAUGGCGGCACAAGGUGGGCGGAACAACCGUCAUCCGCUCACGGCCGUCAAUAACACACUGGCUCAGGCUGGAACAUCGAUCCGAGGACGAGGAGGCAUGAGGCAAAACAGCUCGACUUUUGGUUCUCACAUGGCACCGCCCCCUCCUCCGCCGCCCCCAGGUGGCCCUCUGAAUGGUCCAAAUCCCAACGGGUACCCACCGCAGCAAGACCUGUUUGCAUCUUCCAAUCCAAACGAAGUCCCAGUUGCUGCAAGACCAUCCUCGGCGCGGCUCGAUAACACCCGGGAUCGCAGGAACGAACUGAUUGAUGAUCGGGGGCAGGACAGGAGGUCAUCUCGCCAUUCAAGCCGACACGAUGAGGCCCGGGGUGAUCGUGAAUAUAGAAGCGACCGAGACAGUCGGGAUGCCAAAGAUGAUAGACAUGGGGGUACGGACUCAUCUAGGCGAGAUGAGAGACCGAGUCGCAGGGAAAACUACCCCCAGGAAAGCGACGACAGGCGGGGAGGAUAUGCUAGAUCCGGCCCUCCGAGGGAUGACCAAUCAUCGUCACGGAAGCACGGCAGAGGAGAAGAAGGUCAGCCGUAUGGUGGUAGCAGUCUUGGUCACGGAAAUGUUGGGUCGAGAGGAGCCUCUAGGGCUGCAAGUGAGAGCAAGCGGGUAAGGCGCGGACCAUGA